UUUUUUUUUUGAAUUCCACACUCACACGUGUUAUUUUAUUUGUUUAUUCCUUAUUGUUUGUAUUCAUAAAUUUAAGGCUUAUACCCAAAUUUUCUGGCAUUAUAAUACAAUGGGUAACAGGAGAAAUGGUGGUUCAAAUGCGAGUUUUGCGAAAAGAAGAAGAAAAAUGAAAGAAGGAUUAGAUACUAAAAAUCAUAAUGAAGAUAAUCGUAGUUCUUAUGAAACAACAAUACGAGAAAAUGAAAAAUUCGUACAGUAUUAUAAGAUGCAGAAUGUUUGUCCAGAAGAUGAAUGGAACACUUUUUUAGAAACAUUAAAAACUGACUUGCCUACUUCAUUUCGUAUUACUGCUAGUUGUGAUGUAGAAGCAAAAAUACUGUUAAAAUUGGUUGAAGGAGUUUUUUUUACAGAUUUACUCAAAGGAGAGCUGACUGAUGAACAACAAAACAGCAAACCUUUUUGUUUACCAUGGUACCCACAACGAUUGGGAUGGCAAUUGAAAAUUACUCGUAAAGAUAUUCGUGGUUCAGAAGCCUACUACCGUUUACAUAAUUUUUUAAUUUCUGAAACCGGAAAUGGCAAUAUUUCUAGACAAGAAACAGUCAGUAUGAUUCCACCUUUACUAUUGGAUAUAAAACCAAGUGAUAAGGUAUUAGAUAUGUGUGCAGCUCCUGGUUCUAAAACUGCACAACUUAUUGAAGCUCUUUAUUCAGGUUCUAAUUCUUCAGUUCCAGAUGGAUUAGUUAUGGCCAAUGAUGUUCAUAACGCAAGAUGUUAUAUGUUAGUUCAUCAAGCUAAAAGAUUAAAUAGUGCAAAUGUUCUUAUUACAAAUCACGAUGCUACAGUUUUACCUAUCAUGAACUUGGAUGAAAAUGGACAUUCUAUGUUAAAAUUUGAUAAAAUAUUAUGUGAUGCACCAUGUUCCGGUGAUGGUACAUUAAGAAAGAAUGCAGAUAUUUGGACUAAGUGGAGUCCUGGAAAUGCAAACAAUUUACAUGGAAUACAGUUUCGUAUACUAAAGCGUGGAUUAGAAUUGUUAAAUGUUGGAGGACGUCUAGUUUAUUCCACUUGCUCAUUUAAUCCUGUUGAAAAUGAAGCAGUAGUUCAGCGUAUGAUGACAGAAGCUCAAGGUAGUGUUGUUAUAAUAAAUGCAAGUGAUAAACUCCCAGGAUUAAAAACUGUUAAUGGUCUUUCUCAGUGGAUAGUUGUAUCGAAGGAUUUGGAUGUAUAUAAAACUUUUGAAGAAGUUCCAGAAAAAUGGAAUACUCAAAUUAGGCCUCAAAUGUUUCCUCUUAAAGAAAAUUUAUUCAAUUUGGAUAGAUGUAUUCGUAUAUUACCUCAUCAUCAAGAUACUGGAGGGUUUUUUGUAGCUAUUAUGGAAAAAAUUAAGCCAUUGCCGUGGGAAACAAGUUUAAAGCAAACUGAUGAACUUGAGAAUGAAGUAAAAGUCAACAAUUAUAAGAGAAAACCAAAGAAAAGGAAAUAUCAAGGUUAUAAAGAAGAUCCAUUUAUAUUUUUAAGUGUUGAUGAUCCUGUUUGGCCAGAAAUUAGAGAUUUUUAUGAACUCAAUGAUUUCCCUAUUCAAUGUUUACUUACAAGAUGUUCUGUUGGUAAAAAAAAAAAUAUUUAUUUUACUUCAACUUCUGUAAAAGAUAUUGUAAAGAAUAAUCAAGACCGUGUUAAGAUUAUUAAUACUGGUGUAAAAACGUUUGUCCGUUGUGAUAAUAAAUCGAUGCAAUGUAACUUUAGGCUUGCUCAAGAGGGUUUGGCUGGAAUAUCUUCCUAUAUAGGACAAAAAAGACGAUUACAAUUAACACGUACUGAUUUGAUAACUGUACUGAAAAAUCCUACAGUUGAAGUUACGUCUUUAGACCCGGCCACAAAAAACAUACUAGAAAAUUUUGGUGUUGGUAGUUGUAUUUUGAACAUGGUAGACAAAGAUUGUCCAGUUGAGCUGGUUGGUUGGAAAGGGUUUUCAACUCUCAAAGCUUAUGUAAAUGGUGAAUGUAGAUUACAUUAUUUGAGAUUACUUGGCGUUGAUGUCUCAGAAUUUGAUGUGAAUAAAUUUAAGAAAGAAAAUAAUGAUGAUGGACCAGGAGAUAAAAGUGGAAUUGUUAUAGAUAAAAUUCCAGAAGUUCCAACUGAAGAAAAAUUAAUAGAAAGUGAAGAAUUAGAAUAAGCAAAAAAAAAAAAUUAUAUUAUGAUUU